AUGUCGGCGCCAUCUCUUCUUGAGAAUGAGUACCGCAACAGGCUCCCAACCCUCCUAGAAGUCCUGGGAAGACGGACUCUUGCGCCUGUUGACUUGUUCUCAUUCUACAUCUACAUGAGAGACCAGCAAUGCUCUGUUGACUACCUCGAUUUCUGGCUUGACGUAUCUCAACACAUGUCUCUAUGCCGUCACUAUGUCCGCGAACUACGUCGUUCAGUUCUACUCGAGACACCAGAACCCGAGAAAUUUGACAGCCGACCUUCUACUGCCUCUCAACGACACCGAGGCGCAAUUCCGGGAGAUGGAAAUGAAUUCACAAACAUGGCUGUCAAUGGACGUGGCAACGCACAUAGUGAACUCGAGAAUUCUGACCAGCGGCUGUCAGCCUUUCUGCGUUCUGAGGGCCAGAGUUCUAUGAGAAACAGCGAGGAAUCCGAAUAUUCGAGAAGACGAGGUUCUUUACCUAGCCAAGCUCGACGUAUUAGCACCGCUUUGAAUGGCAUCUCCCAUGGCAACGGUAACAGCAACGGCAACGACACAAGCUCCCCAGGCCAUACAGUUGCUCGCUCAGACAUUCGAGCAAGUGCAGUGAGAAUCCUAUACACAUACUUACUACCCGGUUCCGAACGCGAGGUUGUUUUACCAGAUAGCAUCGUGGGUGAGAUCGUUCACAUGAUUGAGGAAGAAGGUAGAGAUGACCCUGAGGUUUUCGAUACAGCAAAGGACUACGUUUUCCAAGCUAUGGAACGGGAUGCUUUCCCGGGUUUCCUCCAAGCCAAGGCACUCGGCAAUUUAGUCCCACCAAGUAUUCUCGCUCGCCUAGUCAUUGCCCUCGUCAGCUUUGGAGCAGGAUUCUGGGCAGGAUUCUUUGUUAUCCUAACAGACACUCCACGGAACACCCGUUGCUGGUACAAGAUCGACCCUGUCCUUGCCCUCGCGGGACUGAGCGAAUACACGUUCAUGAACUGGACCCGGAUCAGAGAACCAUACGUUCGAGCUCUUCUGGUCAAACGAGCUUCGGUAUCUCUAUUCCUUGCUGUGGUCAUUGCGCUUGCACUUUGCUUGCUCUUUAUCCUUGUACCAGGAACCCGCCUGUAG